AAAUAACUAGAAUGUAUUUGUGUUUACAAAUAACCAUUUAAUUACAKGUUGCAGGGAUAUCCAGCGUGUUUAUUCCUGACAUUUAAAAAUGAACGCUGCUUCCGCCACCUUCCUUUAUAUGGAAUGUCAGGACACCUGUUAUCGGCCAAUCAGAAGCUUAAACACCGGCGGCUCCGCCCACUGCAGCUGAUGGCGUUGCUAUGGGUUACAGGGUGGCGGCCAGCUCCGUCUCCAUGGUGAGACUUUAUGUCUGCAGCUUUCACUAACACUUGAACAAGCGGAGAAAUAGGGAGUAGGUGGAAUAUCUGACAAAUUUGUUCUUUCUCCUCCAUAUCAGAGGAACAUUUCACAAAGUCAGCUUUGUUUGGCUGCUGUUCACAUCAUAAAUAGUAACAAGUUGUGCCGCGAUGCUAACAUUAGCUUGCAGUAGCCGUUAGCUGUGCUCUAGCUUCUGAUCUCAUCUAGUAGCACUGCCGCAGUAAUGCUAGCUAACCUCRUUUAGCCGCUAGCUGUCACAAAGCAACAAGGUAAGUUUGUCCAGUAGCAGUCAGUCUGAAGAAGCUUCUGACUGAAGACUGUUGCUAGCAGCUCAGAUUUCUUUYYCCCCCUCAGAUUUCAGACUUUAAUCUCAGAAUUCUGGUUUAAGUCUCAGAAAAUUUAAGAUCAAAGUCAGAAUCCUGACUUUUUUUCUCAGAAUGAUUUKUCUUAGAAUUAUGACUCCAAUUAUKACUUUAAUCUCAAAAUUCUUAGAAUUCUGACUUUUCCCUCAAAAUKUUGACUUUUGAUGUCAGAAUAUUAAUCCUUUCCWGUUUCUACGCCAUCAUUGCUGCUAAAUAACAGCUUSUGUUUUUUUGUGUCUUCUCCACCUCAUGUCMUCAUUUAAUCUAGAAUAAAAACUAGACAAUUAGGGGAAAAUGUGCACAGUGUCUGUUCAUACUUCAGUCUGAACAGGCAGAACCGAUCCAAAGUAAUCCGUCCAUGUUCACACUCCCAGUAAGUGGAUCAUGUCAUGUUUUGCUGAUGUCAGUGUGCCCUACAUCUGUUGCGGAUGCCAAAGUCGCGCCCUGACUCUCCACACAGWUCACACUCUCUCUCUUUUUUUGGGCCUGCUGCCAACUUUCCCCAAACUCUUYCAUCUGUCUCUGCUGGAGAAAAAACACAUACAUUCAGGAUUUACCUCUGAUAUUCAGACGCCUGUUUCCCUGCGGAAACGCCCACCCCCACUCGAUCCCCCGGGAGAUUUAAUGGUCGCAGUAAAGAACCAUUAGCUGCCCACCGCGUUGUUAUGGAAACUGGGCCGGCAUGGCCUCGUUGCUAACACGUUCUCAUGGCCUCAGCCAGGGAGAGCUUUUGUCUGCUCAGACAUUGACAUGUGUUAGWGUGCGCUGGUAUUGAUCGCCAUGCAGCACUAAUGUAGUUACAACUCACGGAAACGCUCCACUUAUGAUGCUAAGCUAAAGAUGAAUCUCAGGCACCAAAAUGAUUCACAGUAGAGCUGCCAAAAACAGAUCUUUAGAAAGCCUUGGUGAUUAUUUAUCAAGGCUACCUGAAUAARCUAACAGAAGAAAUCUGCAAAGAGGCAAAUACUUUUCACAGCAGUAGCGAUUAAAGAUAGCACUACAAGAUAAGUAGCUAAUACUUGAAGUUAAAGUUAACAUUGCAGCACAGAUAGCUAAUAUCAGAUGUUAGCCAAAACUGAUAGUUAAAGUUAGCUUUACAGGAUAUUUAGCUAAUAUUCAAAAUUAAAGUUAGCACUACAGCACAAUUGGGUAAUAUAUGAUGCAAACCACGUCUGAAAGAUAAAGUUAGCACUACUGGACAGCUAGCUAAUAACAGAAGUUAGCCACAACUGGAAUUUAAAGUUAGUACUACAGGAAAACUAGCUAAUUUGAAUCUAAAGUUUGUUUUGUCGUACAGAUAAUAUUUUUGUAGUUUGUUUGGCACAGACAUGUAAUAUCAGAUGUUAGCAYUGUAAGAAUAUUUGAAGUUAAARUUUGCAUUGCAAACUUUAACUUCUAGCUAGGUGGCUAGCUAGGUGGCUAGCUAAUAUGGGAAGUUAACCAUACCUGGAAAGUAAAGUUGGCAUUAUAUAUAAGAUAGCUAUGUAAUAUUUGAAGUUAAGGUUAGCAUCAUAGCAAAGCUAACUGCUGUUGGAAGCUAUAUCCUCCAGCAAAGCUAGCAAGUAAAGGAAGGUAUCGUYAUGUUGUCACAGAUUUGCUGCUUCUUACACAAUUUCAGUCCAUUUUUGACAGAAAUUGGACAGAGUUUGUACCCUACAAAGCUUCCUCGCAUCUAAAGUUCAUCUUUAUUCAGAAAAUAGCCUGACAGCUUCUGCUGUGGAACUAGUGGAAGUGGCCAAACUUUUGGGAGUGAAGGUGUGGGUGUGGUGCUGGAGGGACAGCGCCCUCCAUUCCCGGUCUGGGUGUGACUUUCAGGAACUCUCCAAGGUCCUGAUCGGUUCCAAUUCAGGUUCUGAUCGGUCCAAUCAGCUCGUUUGGGAGGAAUCCGAUCUGAACCGGCUACAGGUAAUUCCUCAUCGGCGAACAGAGAGAGAAAAACUCCUCCCUGGUCGGUUUAUGUGACAAAGCCGCGCUGUGGUCUCCCCACCUUGCGAUGCGGGUUUGUUUAGACGGAUGAGUAGGCAGUUCGGGAUUGUUGCAGAAAUCGCUUCAGCAGCUCCCUUUUUAAUCUAAUCUCCAUUAUUUCUGCCACUGUGGGAGUGAUCCCAGCCCCGGCGCUGUUUUCCUUUUGUCACAGUGCGACCACCUGCGCUCCGGAACCGGYUCAAGGCGGCGGCUGUCCAUCUGGAGAAAGGGAGGACCGAAAGAGAAGAAGAAAGAGAAAAGGAGCGGCUCUGAGCGUCUGUGCAGGCAGGAAAAACUAAUCAUAAAAAGAUGUCCACCGCUGGGGAAGUGCCACCUUUUUUCCACAGCGUGGGUGCCGACAGCCCCAACAGGCCCAGGCAGAAAUUUUGCGGCGUGUUCUGCCCGGUGGAGGGCUCCUCCGAGGCGAAGACGCUGGACUUUGACGCGCUGUCGGCGUGCAGAGGACGGAGCGCCGCCGGCGGCAGAGUCAUCGACCGGCAGAGCGACAUCUCCCAGCMCAGGAAGGUGGAGAUCCGGGAGAGCACCGGCAAGGAGGCGCUCCAGAACCUGGAUGACAGGCGGAGUGACCGUCUCUUGAUCAAAGGAGCCAAGAUCGUGAAUGAUGACCAGUCGUUCUGCGCCGACAUCUACAUGGAGGAUGGCGUCAUUAAACAAAUCGGAGAGAACCUCAUCGUUCCCGGCGGGGUGAAAACCAUCGACGCCCACGGUCGCAUGCUGCUGCCCGGCGGCAUCGACGUGCACACGCGCUUCCAGAUGCCCGACCGGGGCAUGACGGCGGCCGAUGACUUCUACCAGGGGACCAAGGCGGCGCUGACCGGUGGCACCACGAUGAUCAUUGACCAUGUGAUUCCCGAGCCCGGCGUCAGCCUCAUGUCCGCCUUCGAGCAGUGGCGCGAAUGGGCCGACGGCAAGUCCUGCUGCGACUACUCGCUGCACGUCGACAUCACCGAGUGGCACAAGGGGAUCCAGGAGGAGAUGGAGACGCUGGUGAAGGACCACGGUGUCAACUCUUUCCUGGUCUACUUGGCGUAUAAAGAUAUUUUCCAGCUUACUGAUGCUCAGGUGUACGAGGUGUUCAGCGUGAUCCGCGAUCUGGGAGCCAUCGCCCAGGUUCACGCCGAGAACGGGGACAUCGUUGCUGAGGAGCAGAGGCGGAUCUUGGAGCAGGGGAUCACCGGACCUGAAGGACACGUGUUGAGCCAUCCAGAGGAGGUGGAAGCGGAAGCUGUUAACCGCGCGGUGACGGUGGCCAAUCAGACGAACUGCCCGCUGUACGUUACCAAGGUGAUGAGCAAGAGCGCUGCUGAUGUCAUCGCUCAGGCUAGGAAGAAGGGCACUGUGGUCUAUGGAGAGCCGAUUACGGCCAGCCUGGGAACGGACGGGUCACACUACUGGAGUAAGAACUGGGCCAAGGCUGCAGCUUAUGUCACGUCCCCUCCGCUGAGCCCUGACCCGGCCACUCCGGACUAUCUCAACUCCCUGCUGUCCUGUGGUGACCUGCAGGUGACAGGAAGUGCGCACUGUCCCUUUAACACGGCCCAGCGCGCUGUAGGGAAAGAUGACUUCACCUUGAUUCCUGAGGGUGUCAAUGGCACAGAGGAGAGGAUGUCAAUCAUCUGGGACAAAUGUGUGGUGACUGGUAAGAUGGACGAAAACCAGUUUGUAGCCGUCACCAGCACCAACGCAGCCAAGAUUUUCAACCUGUACCCCCGCAAGGGCCGCAUCGCAGUGGGUUCGGACGCGGAUCUGCUGCUCUGGGACCCGGACGUCACGAAGAUCAUCUCUGCCAAGAGCCACAACUCCACUGUAGAGUACAACAUCUUUGAAGGCCUGGAGGUGCGUGGCGGGCCUCUGGUGGUCAUCAGCCAGGGUAAGAUUGUUUUGGAGGAGGGGACUCUCCACGCCACCGAGGGCUCAGGRCGCUUCGUGGCCCGUAAACCGUUCCCUGACUUCGUCUACAAGAGGAUAAAGGCUCGCAGCAGGGUAUAG